GCAAGGAGAGAGACUGACGCUAGUUCAUUGAGAAGGCAGCCACCUCUCGCAGCGUGGUCUGCUGUGCGGCGAGCACAUUUAUGCGAGAAGUGUAUGGGCAAGAAAUGUCACGCCACGAACCACUAUCGCCCAUCCCAGAGCUUCUGCUCGAAUACGAAGAUUCCAGGAUGAAUAGCCCGUGCUCCGAGAAACGACGCGAUACAGGAAGCACUGAAGACGAGGGAUAUGGAUCUGAGACUCACCCACCUGGCAUCGAACAGAUGCUCGACGGACUUGCCGAAAUGUCGCGACGUCUUUCUCUGGCACCCUCCGACCUGCUAAGUAUUGACGAAGCACUUCAACUUCCGUUGCAACUACCCUCAGCCAAAGUGCCGGCCUCAAAACCGGACCAGCCUGAUUUAAGUGGAGAAUUGGAAUCUUUCUGGAGAACCGUUCGCGACGAGAUCUUGAAUCUCCGGGCCAGUCGUGAUGGAGCGCGAGCCGACGCUGUACUUCUCCUCGACGAACUCUCCAAGAAAGCUGGCGAAAUCGACGAAAAAGACGCCAAAAUCGAACUGUUGAAAACAGAACUCGCAGCAGAACGCAAAGCAGGCAAGCAAAUAUCCGAAGCAAUGGAAGAUCUUCUUCACUGGGUCGACACCAAUCGUGCAUCGUCCAGCAAAGCGAGUUUUUCUCGCGAACACUCUUCCCGUGAGCACUCUUCCCGCGAGCAUCGUUCAUCUCGCGAACGCAGUGCCAAAGCGUCUUCAUCACGAGAUGUCACAACCACAACAGAACCAAGACAAAGAAAACCCGAACACCGCGUCCUCGAGAACUUGGACAUGAUCCCCACCUACGGCGUCGCAUUCCGCUCAACCUCGGCUGAAAAGGUCAUCGUCUGGAAAGUCCAGGUCGUAGAAUCUUACGAAUCCAAUGGCACACCGAUCUACUUUCAUGGCAAGCACCUACCAAAAACGCUGAAAGCAUAUGUCAAGUUUCUGCAGUUCUGGUGCAGUGAUCGACUUCCGGAGACGGCGAAGUCUGCGAUUUGUGUGUGGUGUAAUGAGAGGGGAAUCCAGACGGUCUGGCAUAAAGGUGCUGAAGCGAAGAGGCCCUGUCGGGAAUGUUCUUUGCGAGGAAGGCAUUGUUUUGCGGUCUGCUUUGGAGUGCUAAGAUGUUUGCCUCUGCGGGAUAUUGGUGGUUUUAUGAAAGGCGAGACAUGAUUUGUUCCCAAGGAUCCGAGGUUGCGACACACUGUUUCUUUGUUGCGGUAUGUUUGGUGCGACUUAAAGAAGGGUUUUGGGGGAGUUUGUCUCACAUGGGCCGCUAUGAUACCCAUGCUGUGUUUGCGUUUCGCGAGCUUUACCUCUUCUACUCUUUGCACAACCGUACAUCCUUCCCC